AUGUCUUCAAGAUCGAAAAAGAUAAUGGAAUUGAUUAAUUUUACAACUGAACCUGCUCAUGAUACAAAAGCUCAAAUUCAAGAUCCCAUUCUGAACCCAGACCCUAGUCAAUCUCCUAUAGAUGAAGAUAGUUCAGUUCAGAAUGAUGUAGUUGAUGUCGCGAUGUUACGUGAUAUUACUAAUAAACUUGAAAACCAGCGUUAUUACAAUGCUACGGACUUUUUUGUUAACUACAAUGUUUCACCCGUACAUUCUGGUGAAAUAAGUGCAGAUAUCAGCGACAAUGACGAUCCAACCUAUGAUAGUCAAAUAAAAAAAAAGAAAAUAGAACCAGUACAUCCUUCAUCACGUCGAUCAACAUCUAGCUCCAGCAGAUCCUCAUCCUCCAGUUUAAGCAGCUCCGGCAGUUCCAGCAGUUCCUCAUCUUCAUCUUCUGAUGAUGAUACUGUGGUACAACCUUCUACUUUCGAUCACGUGGAUGAUAAUACUAUCAAUAACACAGAUACUACAGCUAAUGGACAGUCAACAAACGGACAAGAAACAAGUAAAAUUGAAAACUCUGAAAUGAACGAACUCAACAUAGAAGAAGAAAUAGAGAUUAUUAAGAAGAAAGGUAGAAAGCGCACAAGUAAUCCUCAAAAAUGGAAACAAAACUUAAAUAAAAUUCUAAGAAAUUCUGGACGAUCUUAUGAGACUACGAAAAAGAAAACUGUUGCGGCUCGUGAAGUGAAACCACCUUGUACAGACAAGUGCAGGCUUAAAUGUUAUGAAAAGUUUACAUCUCUUCAAAGACAGGCUAUUUUUGAUACCUAUUGGAAUAUUGGUGAACUCAAUCUGCAGCGAUCGUUUAUUCAGUCUUGUAUGUCCGAUGUUACUCCUAGGUAUAAAUAUACAAACGCCAUGCGCCCGAGGGAAGCUAAUAAAGCUUUUCAUUUUAUAGUAAAUGGUAGACCAAUCCGGGUUUGUAAACCAUUUUUUGUUGGUACGCUGAAUAUAUCCGAUCGUGUUAUUCGUACAGUAAUCCAAAAGUGUCAAAACCAUGGAGUUUUGCAAAAUGAUCGAAGAGGUAAACACGACAACCACACCACUACUGAUGAAACACUGAUUUCAGACAUUAAAACUUUUAUAGACUCAAUACCAAGGGUUCCGUCACACUACACAAGGCAAACAUCUACUCGCGAAUACAUAGACGGGGGCAAAACUAUUACAGAUCUCUUCAAUGACUUCAAGGUAGCGCAAGAGAAGAACAGUAAGCCCUAUGAAGUAUCCCGCUGCAAGUCUUCCGACAACGUGGGCACCAAGACCGCGCCCGCCACCCCGCCGCCCUCUCGGUCCUCCGACAACGUCAACACUAUGGGCAACGGCUGCGCGCGCGCCGGCGGCAAGGCGCGGCCCUGGUCCGUGGCCGGCGGCAACGCCGACAGCGCCGCGCUCUGCACCACAGAGGGCGUGGAGGCGUGCGUGGGCGGCAGCAUCGUGGGCAUCACCCCCGGCGCCGCACUAACCAGUUCAAUGAUGCGCGAUCAUCCAUUAACACCUGAAGACACGGAGGCC